CGAUCUUCAGUACCGGAAGAGACCACUUUGAAGUUGAAGCAAAACGUCAGAUUGAAAAAUGGCGUCAGUCACGGUUCGGGGCUGUGCUCUCUGCACUACUGCACUGCUUAACUUUGCAUUUGUGUUCAUAUCCGGCGCGGAUUUUAUUCGCUUUUUAUCAUUUCGAGUCAUUUACCACAACAUCACGGGAGAGACGUCACUUUGUCAAGACUCCAUAUCGUGGUCAGCGGCCCUGCAGGACAGCUCUGUUCUUAGGUCUCUGCUUGUGGAUGUUGUUCUGCUGGCCCUCUUCACCCUGCAACAUAGUCUGCUGGCAUGGACUCCAGUCAAACAGGCCUGCCAGUCGGUCCUUGGGUCCCUGAACAGGAUGGCAUACUGCUUCACCACUGCACUGGCUCUGCAGAUCCUGAUGAAUUACUGGCAGCCUGUAACUGGCGCCCCCUGUCUGUGGUCUGUGCGUCAUGCGCCAUGGAGCGUCUGGUUCCCUCUGCUCUGCUUUGUGGUGCACUUCUUCUGCUGGGCCAUCAUCUGCAGCAUCCUCCUGAUGUUUGACUACGCAGAACUGCUCGGUAUCAAACAGGUGUAUUACCAGUGUUUGGAUCUGGGGGACCCCCUGUCCCAUAAGUCGUCCGGGGAACAACGCUUCCUGUCUCACUUCCGCCACCCGGUGUGCCUGGAGCUUGGCGUGGUCCUGUGGCUCCUGCCGGCUUUAUCCCUGGACAGGCUGCUGCUGGCAUUAACCAUGUCAGCCUACCUGGCGCUGGCACACUCGCUGGACAAACAGGAUUUAGCCUUCCUCUGCGACCGGCUUAGCAGCAAGGUGCAGCUCUUUAACGAGCCGUACCGGGACAGUCCCCUCAAGGAGGAGUGAAAGUAGUCCUGUUACGCCAUAACAAAUCUCUAUUUGUCAUUUCAUAUACAGCAGAUGUUUUUGUGCAUUUGUGCUAUUAAUAGUUUUGUAAAAUUAGACUUUAACAAUGUUUUUAAAUGGCGAUUGGAUAUUAAAGGCGAUUGUUGUUUUUAAUGCAA